AUGACGAUUCGGCGGAUGGGUGACCCUAGAGACUAUAAACCAUACGUCGCUCACCGCCUCGGUGAGAUUGACGAGUUGACUACUGCAUCAGAGUGGCGUUACGUGCCCACGUCCUUGAACGUAGCUGACGUGGCCACUCGUGAGGAUGCGCCACCACUGCAGUUCGAUGAUGUAUGGUUCCAGGGGCCUAGGUUCUUGCGUGACCGUGAAAGUGAGUGGCCCAAGGAUCUUAAGAGUUCUAAGCAGGUCGAAGAGGCUCUUUGUGAAUUUCGAGCCGUUCACGUCGAAAUAACGGAAAGCCUUACUACUGAUUCGACCAUAAUGGGCUUAAGACGAAUGAUAGCACGCAGAGGCGCCCCUACUGUGAUCUACUGCGAUAAUGGGACAAAUCUUAAAGGUGCUGAUUUAGAACUAAAGCGCAGUAUCGCUGAGCUAGACAGCGAUGUGCUGCGCCAUGAUGGACUCGUAAGAGGAAUCGAGUGGAAAUUCAUUCCUCCAGGCGCUCCAGAGAUGGGAGGCGCGUGGGAGCGCAUGGUGCGCACUGUUAAAUCAUCCCUGCGAGCUGUACUCAAGGAACGCGCACCACGCCCAGAAACGCUCUCAACAUUGAUGGCGGAGGUUGAGGCCCUGGUUAAUAGCCGUCCUAUCACGUACGUAUCAACGGACCCCAAUUAUCCUGAAGCUCUGACUCCCAAUCAUUUUUUGAUUGGCACGUCAUCAAACGGACCAGCUUUUGGUAGGUACGACAACGAGGAUCUCCAGCUCAAACAUUUAAUGUAUUUUAACCAAAGAAACUACUAUCAACUACUGACGCCGGUGUGGUACUUCUAA